UGCAUGGUCAGGUGGCAUGACUCACUGGUGUGAUACAUUGCACAGAGCCCCUCUGCACCUGGGGAAGCAGCAUACCCCCCAGCGCUGUGCCCUCAGUCUGUGGAAGUGUAGGCAGGAUGGCCGAGGAGCUGCUGGCACUGGACAAUCUGACGGGGUCCUGGGAAGCGCCCAAUGCUACCAGGGACUCUUCUCACCCGCUAGGAGUGGACACCAGCCUGUCCUCCAAGGUGUUCAUCACCGUGCUUUAUAUGCUCAUCCUGCUGGUGGGCACCACGGGCAAUGUGCUCACCAUCUGGCUGGUUCUGAAGAGGUGCAGCCUGCAGAGCUGCCAGCAGGGCACGGUGCACUACCACCUGGUGAGCCUUGCACUGUCUGACAUCCUCAUCCUGCUCAUCAGUAUCCCCAUAGAGCUCUACAACUUCAUCUGGUUCCACUACCCCUGGGUGUUCGGGGACGCUGGCUGCAAGAGUUACUAUUUCCUGCGCGAUGUCUGCUCCUAUGCCACCGUGCUGAACAUCGCCAGCCUGAGCUGUGACCGCUACCUGGCCAUCUGCCACCCCAUCCGAGCCAAGCUGCUCAUGUCCAGGAGGAGGACCAAGAGGAUUCUGUCUGCGAUCUGGCUCUCAUCCUUCCUAUUUGCCCUGCCCAUGGCAUUUAUCAUGGGGGUGAGAUACCAGAACAUGACCCAGGAGGGAAAGUCUGAUCCAUCCUCACUAGUGUGCACCAGCCUGGUGUCUACUGCCACCCUGAAAAUCUUCAUACAGGUCAAUGCAUUUAUGUCUUUCGUCCUUCCAGUGGCUUUGAUAGGUGGAUUGAACUGUGUCACUGUUGGUCAAUUGGAGUCUCUACGUUCCCGAUCAUGCUUAAUCUUGGAGUCCUCCUGCAAGAGCUAUGGAGCUUCCAAGGAAAUACACAAGACGCAAAAGUCUCUCUCUUCUUCCACCAAUCCAUCCAAGAUACUAGUAGGGGGAGCAAGUGAGAAGAAAGACCUGGUAGUGUCCAGUGAGCCCAACCGCAUACAGGCGCUACAGCACAGCAUCUACAUGCUCAGAGCUAUAGUCAUCGCGUAUGUGGUGUGCUGGUUACCGUACCAUGCAAGAAGACUCAUGUUCUGCUACAUCCCAGAUGAAGAUUGGUCAGGGUUCCUGUAUACGUUCUACCACUACUUCUACAUGCUGACCAACACGCUGUUCUACGUCAGCUCCGCUGUGAAUCCAGUCCUCUACAAUGUGGUGUCUUCAUCUUACCGCCAACUCUUCCUAAAGAUGGUGGGCUUGCCUUGCAGCACAGAGAGCUCUCUCUCUGUAUCCAGCUCUUGCCGGUCCAGACAGUAAUGUGCCUGAUAGCCACCGUAGAGUGGAUUUAUAUCACUGCAGAAUGGACUCAUAUAAGGACAAGUAAAGAUUAGAGUCUCAUCUAUCAUCUUGGAGCCCAACUCAUUCAGAGUUCUUAGGCCCCAUUUAUCAAGCCUUGGAGAGUGAUAAAAAAUAGCACGGUGAUAAAGUACAGUCAACCAGCUUCUAACUGCCAUGUUACAGGGUGUGAUUCAAAAAUGAUAGUUUGGAGCUGAUUGGCUGGUACUUUAUCACCGUGCUAUUUAUCACUCUCCAAAGCUUGAUAAAUCUGGGUCUUAGUUUCUACUGAAAAUGUUUUGUAAUGUUACCUCUUGAUAUGUUAUGUGGUCCCUGUGGAAGUGUCAUAGUGCGAUUCUUCUAUUGGAUGCCGUUUUGGUGGAAUAGGACCUUAGAUGACCUCACAGAUAAUUGGGACCACAAUUCUUAAAGACGUGUUAGCGGGAGAUUUGUCAAAGCUUGGAAAGAGAUAAAGUGGAGAAAGAUGAGCUGAGUGGUUGCUACUAAUUGUCAUAUUUCAAACACAGUGGUCUAUAUACUAAGACUUGGACAGAGAUAAAGUGGACGGAGAUAAAGUACCAGCCAAUCGGCUCCUAGCUGCCAUGUCACAGGCUGUUAUUGAAAAAUGACAGGAGCUGGUUGGUUGGCAGUAUAUAUCCAUCCACUUUAUCACUCUCCAAAGCUUACAGAUGUGUCCUCACAGAUCUUUGCUGUUUUUACAACCAUGGCGUGGCGUUUCCAUGAUGCAAACGCAUGGUGGGAAUGCGCACCGCCAUGGCUGCUUUGAUAUUCUAAUGAUCGUGGCCGACGCACACGCACCACAAUUGCAUACAUAACUGGCCAUAUAACUAUGGGUUAACGGAGCAUAUCCUCCCGCUACCAGUCCCCACAGUGUCUCCUAGUCCCCCUCUCAUUAUACACGGCAGCGGGAGCCUCUUACUCCUACUGCCUGGCCACGGCCUACAUUCUGCUCCUUUGUGUGUAAAGCAUCCCCAGGACAGUGCGUAUGCACGUGAACGCCAUGGCAUGGUGCUUUUUGUCACAUCGCGGGCAAAGAUGUAUAGAUACGCAUCAGUAGUACAUAAAUCCCACAGCCUAUAAAAUUAAUGACAGUUAAACGUUGAUUGGUUGGUGCUUAUCUCUCUCCAGUUGUGCCGAUAGGGGGGAGGAGCAGGUACUAAUUACCUGGGCCUGGGAUUGCUGGAGGACCCCAGCGGGGGCCCUGGUCCACUGCUUCCCCUUUAGUAUACUUACCUAUAUCUGAGAAGCAUGUCCUUCCUCUAGGCUGGCACCCAGAGCUGUAACUAUGUGUGUGCCAGGUGAGCCUGGCACACAGCGCAGUUGCCCUGAGGGCGCAACUGCCCACCUUCCCUAAAGUCAUCAGCGGCAUUGUAAUGAGUCAAACUGACUCAUUACAAGCCCCCUGUGUGCGUGUGCUGCCGCCGGAGUGGAGCAGCUCCGGGAGCAGGGGAGGAGGAGGAGGGAGGGGGACUCUGGAGCUGCAGCAGCGCUAUGUAAUUGGUGGUGGCGCUUCACAUAGCGCUGCUGCAGCUGUCCCUCUCCUUCCAGCAUUGAGAUGCCUGUACCUCAUCCCAGCGUUCACAGCGGCGGCGGCCAGCCAAUGCGGAAGGAGAGGGACAGCUGCAUGCGGCGCUGCCACCAAUUACAUAGCGCUGCUCCCUCCUCCUCCUUCUCCCCUGCCUCCGCGGCUACCAGCACCGAGGAGCCUGACUGCCUGAGCCAGCGGAGAGAUGGUAUCAUCUAUUCUGCCUGUCUGUCUGUCUAUCUAUCUAUCUAUCUAUCUAUCUGUCUAUCUAUCCUGUCUACCUAAUGUGUGAAAGGGGGACUGGCUGCCGUAAUGUGUAAAAAGGGGGACUGGCUGCCGUAAUGUGUAAAAAGGGGGACUGGCUGCCGUAAUGUGUAAAAAUGGGGACGCUUUCUUCCGUAAUGUUUAAAAAGUGGGAUCGCAGUCUGCCAUAAUGUGUAAAAAGGGUACACUGUCUACCGUAAUGUGUAAAAAGGGGGGACUGUCUGCCGUAAUGUGUAAAAAGGGAUGCUGUCUGCCAUAAUGUGGAAAAAGGGGGACGCUGUCUGCCGUAAUGUGUAAAAAGGGGGACGCUGUCUGCCGUAAUGUGGAAAAAGGGGGACUGUCUGCCGUAAUGUGGAAAAAGGGGGACUGUCUGCCGUAAUGUGUAAAAGAGGCUCUACCUGGUGUAGUGGCGCUACUGUGCGGCGUAAUUUGAAUAAUGGAGACUACUGUGCACCGUAAUAUGAAUUGGUAUUAUUAUGUGGCCACACCCCUUCCCCAUGAAGCCAUGCCCCUAUAUAUUUUUCACGCGCCUGCGGCGCGCACUGUCUCUAUUUUAUAUGAAGGGGGGGGGGCGUCAGUGCCAUUUCUUGCACACAGCGCUAAAAUGUCUAGUUACGGCACUGCUGGCACCAUCUUCCCAGUGCCAUCCUCGUGAAGAUGGGGCCCCACAUUGAAAGCAAAGACUGUUUGCUCUCUAGUGCAAAUGCACCAACUUCCCAAAUAUCACCGGCUGAGGAGCAAGCUAGGAGAGAUGUGGUGCGCCAUUAAAACCCCUCCCCCACACCGGAUCUGAAUGGUGCCCCCCUGUGGAGCGUGCAGUUGAUUUUUUUAAUCAUAUAUGUAUUUUUUUUUCAGGGGGACAUGGGCACGCCCUCCGUGUUUAGGCCAUGCCCUCCCCCCAGUACCUGGGCCAGGUGCUGCUUUCUAUGGCCCUGUCUCUCUCCACUUUAUCUUUCCCCACGGUGAUAAAUCUCUCCCUAGGUCUUCUGAUCAAAGAUCAGCAAUCGGAAACAGGAUGUUUUAUUGGAGCAUUACGUUGGCAGAAAAGCUUCAGAUAUCAUCAGAUCUUAACACCAGAUCAGGCAGUAGGUUAGCCUCUAAUCCAGCUGGUGUGGAGACAUCACUGUCCAAUCCAAGACAAAUCAGCUUCAUACACAGGGGCUUAUGUUGAGAUGGACACAUUUACAGUAUACCCCAAAGGUAAGCUGGAAAAGGUGCACUCAUGAAACAGAGCAAAUACAUGGAAAUGUGAUCAGUAGGGACACAUUUCCUGAUGUGUCUAACUCUACAACACUGGCAUACUGUAUGUGCCAGGGUUACUACAGGAGUGACAAGUAUAUGUAUAUAUUUACACAAUAGCAUAGGGGUAGUAUAGGGAUAGCGCAGAUGCAGCUAGACAGUAUUGGUAGUAAAUGCUACAGUCAGAUUACCCUAUUUGUACACAAUAUAAGGAUGUAGUGAAGUGUCAUGUACACAGGAGAGAACCGGGUUUGGAUAGUAAUAUGAAUAAAUGCGAAAGACAAAUUUUUCAUAUUAAACUUCAAUUAAUUACAAACACAAAUACAAACGUGAAGCACAACAUAAGGUGCUGGAGCUGUAUAAAUUAAUGUUAAUAAAAACAAAACCCCAACAA